AUGGCGGAGUAUACUCAGGGCAAUGCCCUUCUCUUCUCCAACAAUACCGCUAGCAAGAAUGUAUUCGAGAAGCGGCGACGAAAGCUAGAUUCAGCCGCCGCCACGGACGGCCCAGCAGCGGAGGCGAAGGAGGCCUUGGGACGCGAGCGCGACGAAUGGACGGGGAAACACAACGAAAAGGCACAUGGCGAGGGGCAGCAGGCCACGAAGGCACAGAAUCGCAUCGAGAAAUCUGAAGGAGGAAUGCAAGACCAACAGCGACAGAUGGAGCGUGUGGGAUCCCCGAUCAACGAGUUUCAGGACGAAGACAUUCAAACUCUCGCAAUCCCAUACGGCACUAGGGUCUAUCAUGAUGCCGGAACUCCCGACUCGAUAAACUUGCUUCCAGCUUUCAUGAGUGCCGCGAGAGAGCAGCAUCGCUUUGGGGUGAGCAACGGCUUGUUAAAAGAUGACUCGAGCUCGAAUCCUUACAAGUCCUUUGUUAUCGUGUACCGCUAUAUCAGCCCGGUGUGGACUCGACGUAUAAAGACGUUGACGGAAUGGGAGGGCCAGGAUGCGAAGUUUGAUGCUUUCAACUGGGCGGCGCAGAUAGUAUUUGGCUGCGUCUAA